AAUCAGCGCGGUAGGGACGACAGCCACCGUGAAACAAUUUAAAAAUAAGCCAGAAUUUGACCUAAAUACAUCGACUGGAGGUAUAUAACCGUGUAAUAACCGGUUACGGAGCGGGUAAGGCCGAACGGCGUUUGACUGUAAGCGGCCUGGUGUGUUUCUAGGAGACCAGCAGAAUGAGCUACGGCAGGGCGCCGCCAGACGUGGAGGGGAUGACCUCCCUCAAAGUGGACAACCUGACUUACCGAACUUCCCCGGAGACCUUGCGCCGAGUUUUUGAGAAGUACGGACGCGUGGGUGAUGUGUACAUCCCCCGGGACCGGUACUCCAAGGAGAGCCGCGGGUUUGCCUUUGUGCGGUUCCUCGACAAGCGCGACGCGGAGGACGCCAUGGACGCUAUGGACGGCGCGCUGCUCGACGGGCGGGAGCUCCGGGUGCAGAUGGCCCGCUACGGCCGACCUCCGGACUCCAUGUACAGCCGCAGAGGAGCACCGCCACGCAGAUACGGAGGAGGGUACGGCGGACGCAGAAGCAGGAGUCGCUCAGGCAGUCCUCGACGCCGCAGACGUAGCCGAAGCCGCUCCAGGAGCAGAAGCCGUUCCAGAUCCAGGAGCCGUCACCGCUACAGCCGCUCCAGGUCUCACUCCGACUCCAGAUCCAGGUCCAGGUCUAAGUCGAAGUCUAAAUCCAAGUCCAAGUCCAAGUCCAGGACCCCCAGGCGCAGCAAGACGAAGUCUCCCUCCAGGUCUCGGUCCUCCAAGUCAAGGAGUCGGACUCCGCCUUCCAACAGGGGGUCCAAAUCCAGGUCCCGCUCCAAGUCCAAGAGUAGGCCUAAAUCUCCAGAGGACAUCGAACAACAGACUUAAUCCUUGGACACAACAUGACGAUCUCGGAUGAUUGAGCCUUUGCUGAGGACAUCAGGAAGAGUCUCACAUUGAGCAAGUGGACUCGACUAUUACCACUGAAUGCAGACUGAAAGGUUAUUGGAGCUUGGUCUAAAAUGUUUUAAAUUUGACUUCAUUCACAAAAACAAAUCCUGUAACUUUGAUGUGAUCAUUGUUUGUAACAUUGAGCAUAUUGAAAGGGAUUUGUAAGGUGUUUUUUGCUCAUUUAAAUUGGGUUUUUUUGCAUUUUGAUUACACUUCCCCUGUUAAAUCCUUUUUUUUUUUUUUUUUUUUUUCAUUAACAGAUUUACUAAAAUCCUGUGUUUAAACUCUUUCUAGAUGGAUAUGAAAGAGUUUUAUUGGCAGGGUGUCAUGUUGGAUGUUCAAAGUCUUUACAGCUAUGUUAUACCACUCUUUUUCUUUUUGGGGAGGAAAAAAACUUUACUGUUUCGUGACAUUAAAGCAAAAGUAAUCGCGGUGCCACUCAAUUUGUGACUUGCUAAUCCGGCAGCAUACAUUUUUCUUUUCUGUCAAAUCUCUAUUUUCUGUCUGGUUAAAGUUGCUUUCCUAUGACUCUAACCCUCUUUCUUGUGUAUCUUUUGUGCACUAGGCGCAGUUGUGUAGCAGUUGAGUAAUGCUGGUUAGCUGUUAAGAUGCGGUGCAGUGCGGUGGUGACAUGGUGUGGCGUGUUGCGGUGCUGAGUGCCCGGCGCUGUUCCGGGGCUCGACCCUCCGCUGCCGUUUGCCGGUUUGUAAGCUCACAGAUGUGGCAGAUCAUCCAUCCUCUCCUGUCUUGUGACCUCUCCUUCCCUCCAUGUGCUGUACAGAUUCUCUUUUCUCUCUAUUCUCCCUCCUCUCCUUCUUCCCCCCUCUGUGGUUUAUCCACUGUUUAUCUGGUUUUUGCUCGCUUUUUGACAUUGUUUCCAGUGUGACUCCUAGUGAAGGGUUUAAAGGGCAGUCCAGGCUGCUUAAUGAAUGAUUUUUGUGUAUUUCAUUCAUUCCAAAUGUCUUGUAAUUGCUUCAGAUGAAUGCUAAUAAACGUCUUUGUUCAACUCAA